AUGAACAACAACAAUCAGUUCUCACGGUUCAAUCUCUUCUUUCGUCUUACCUUCAUCAUUCUCCUUCAUCCUUUAUUUCUGCCAGUGCCGUUACUUCAGGGCGACUUCCGGUGUACUCCUUUGGGUUCUUGCAGACUGCAGCUGCAAGAAUUCAAAGGUACUACCCUACAGUCGCCCUUCAAACAUAGUUUCUCAAGGAUUUUGGAGACUUUGGAUGGCGCAGUGACAGCCACUCCUCCCUUUGAGCGCCCUCCUGGCAGACUUUGGAUGGCGCAGUUAGAGCCACUCCUCCCUUUGAGCGCCUUCCAGUUCCUUAAACUAUUCUGCUUAUUGGAACUGGGGGUUGCGCAGUGCAUGCCACUUCGCAGUGCAUGCCACUUGUUAGUGGCUCCUGCUUAUUGGGACUGGGGCUCAGCGCAGUGCAUGCCACUUGUCAGUGGCUCCUGCUUCUUGGAAUUGGCGGUAUCGCAGUGCAUGCCACUUGUUAGUGGCUCCUGCUUAUUGGGACUGGGGCUCAGCGCAGUGCAUGCCACUUGUCAGUGGCUCCUGCUUCUUGGAAUUGGCGGUAUCGCAGUGCAUGCCACUUCCUGCUCCAACUUUUUAAUGGUGACUGCUGAACCUGCCGGUACUUUUGUGUGGCAAGUGCUCUCUAGUUAA